AAAAGUAUUUGAUUUGACAGUUUUCUGAAAAUUAGAUAAAUAAUAAAAUGAUUCUCUUUAUCUAGUAUAUUUAGAAAAUACUUUUUAUUUUACAUUAGACAUAAAGUUAUUCAAAACUGUUAUCGAGGAUAUAAAAUAUUAUGUGUUUUGUUUCUUGUCUUGCUCUAUUUCAUGACCAUUAAAUUCAUAUCGACAAGCCAUGUCGAGCCCUGAGACUCAAGAAAGUUUGAAGUUGUAUAAGUUUACAAAAAUUCUGACUUUGAAAAUUGCUCAGAUUGUCGUACAAAGUCGGCAAGGUAAAAAAAUAAGUCCCGCUUUCAUUUCAAAAUCGGAAGAUAUUCAUAGCACACCGUCGUCGCCGACAUAUUUGCAAUGGUUUAAUCUAUCAAUUCCCGAUGUUCCUGAAGUGAAUGUGGAUACAAAACGUGUGUUGAAUGGUGAAGUUAUUGAAGCAUUAUCAAAUGUAUUAUGUAUUGAAAUUUCCUUAAGAACUAAUGAUGGUGAUGAAAUGAUAUUAGAAAUGUGGACAGUGAAGAUGAAGCAGGUUUCUGAUAUGAGCAUCACUUCACUAUCAACUAUUUAUUAUCGUAUGGGAGUUAUGCUGAAGUCCACAUUGAGCAUCUCAAGGAUAACCCCAGCAUACAAAAUGUCUAGGCUACAGAACAAAGAUAGUUAUAAAAUAUCACAUAAAAUAUAUGGAGGCAAGCCAGACUUAGAUGUUUUAGGUGAAAACUUCAAGACUAUUAAAGUGAGUGAACUCCACAUGCCAAUAGGGACAAUACAGAUUGAAGUGUUAUAUAGAACUGAGAUGGCAAUAAACCCUGAGCCUCGGGGCAGAGUACCUAGCUAUGGAGAGGUUCACAAUAUAUCCAAUAGUGACAUUAUGGUUAAGAGUGAUCAUUUCCCGAGAGAGAGUCCUAGGAAAACCCAUGAAAAGAAGAAGCUUGAUUUGAACAAGCCAUUAACAGCAGGUGCAUUUGUGGAUACAGUUAAGAUUAAGGAGUUGCACGACACAUUAAGUCAGCAGUUACCACCAGAGCCUCCAAUGGCAUGGCUGCUUGCCGAGAAAGAUAAGAUGGAAGCGAAAAUGGAGUUUUUGUCCUUAACUGAUGCUUUAGUGCAGCCUGGUACAAGUAGUGAGUGUUCCACAACAACUGCUAUUGCACAAGUGUCCAGCAAAGCCAUUGAUGUCCCGGCACCGAAAUACUCAGCUCUUAUGGAGUUCCCGUUUGCUGACGGUAGCCCGAUAUCUGACCUCGCCAAUUUCUACCAAGAGUGUUUACAAGCGAAAUGUUCCGAAGUAUGGAAUGACUACGAACCCACCAAGGUUGACGCAGAAAAUCUCUCGCAGCAACUUAAGAAGUUCGAGGAAGCUGUGCCAGAAUUCGACAGUAUGGUCGCAUCAAUGUUUAGUGUCGCUGAUAAUACAGAACACUAGUUUAUAACAAUAAUAGACAGAUAAUUAUCAUAGAAAUAUAAUGUCUCAAGGUUAGAACAGUCCAACCACGGCGCCAUUAUUUGCGUGGUUCAAGGAUUGUGGGCUUAAGGACUUAAACAAUUUCUAAUCCAUGUUCACUCUUUAUAUUACUUAUUUUUAAAUUAUUUGUUUUUCUACAUCUUCUUGAAUGUAAAUAUAAUUAGACAGCUGUAUUUUUCACAGCUAGCUUUAGUUUUUAAGUCCUUUUUUUGUAUAUCACGUGAAUAAAAGUCGUAUAUACUUCUUAUACACUGUUAUGUUAGAUGUUUAUACAAUUAUGUGAUUUAGGUAAACUAUUUCGAAAACAAUAUAUCAAUUUAAUAAGGCUGUUGCUAUUUGUACUUUUAUAGGACAGAUUGUAUUCGGAUUUGUCAAAAUGGCUUCCUGGCAUUGAUUCACUGAUCUGGCCUACUGUAGUCAAUGUCCAAAAAAUGCUGUAAGAAGGAGUCUUGGUCUAACUAUAAAAAAAGACAAUUUAAUGGUAAAUCCAAAAAAGGCGGCAGUUAUGAAAGUUAUAAAUGAAUGCCAAGGCUAUUAAAUUUGUAUCAUUCUUUUAAAACAACAUAUUUAAAUUUCUUCAUAGGGUGAUACAACAGAAAUCCUCGCACUUUUUGGCUAACCUGAAUAUGUAAAAACAGUAAACAAAUCCUUUAAAAAUAUCAUAAAAAUAAUAAGGGAGUAAGUGCAUUAGCCUACAAAACUGUAAAUAAAUGGAGAUAUGUAAACAUUGUAAAAACUAACCAAAAUAUAUUGUAAAUAUAAUAAGUAAUUGGUAUGAAAUAGCAGAUAUAAAAAGCAGGGUUGGCAGGAUUGACUUGUCACACCAAGCAUCACCUGUUCAUCAGUUUUAAACAUGGACCAGACGUUAGAAUAAAAAAAAAAUCGAAUCAAUGAAGUUUCCUGGGUGUUUAAUUGGUUGGCAUGAAUGUUAUUUAAGCCAAUGGUUCAUGUGAGCCGUACUAGUUAAAAGUUCAGAUAUUUAUUAAAAAGUUAGUAAGUUGGUUGCCAAAUAAGUAAUGUCCAAUUAACAUCCCCUACGAAUACAUAAUUGGUAUAGCUACAUAUUUUUAUCUGGUUUUGGUCUCUUUUCCGUGAGAUUGUCCCACAGUAAAGAAAUGUUUAUACAAUUAUUACACGAAAUCAAACAACCGCAACGGAUUAAUAGUCUGAUAGUAAAUUAUUAAAUAUGGGAAGUGAUUUGCAGCUAUCCUUAAGCUUCAACUGUUAAGUAGUUUACGGCCGUUCCCAAUAUUCAGUCUAUCUCCUACUUGAGAUAAAAAUCGUAACUACCGUUCACUUCUCUGUCCCAAUAAAUUUAUCGACGGUAACUCACCUUAUCCGUACACGCUGUCUGUAAUGGGACGACGCAUAGCUUACCAGCGAUAGAAGAUUGUAUGGAAAUUGCAUUUCACGCGUCCCAAUAUAAGGCGAUAAGAAUGACUUAUCGGGUAUAUUGGGACAGCUUCAGAUUAUUGACAGUAGAAGGUAGUAAUUUAUCUCUAUCUAUAGAUAGUAUAUUGCGAACGGCCGUUAGGGAACUAAACAUAUAGUUCCUUUAGUAAAAUAUGAAGAAUGUUAAAAAUAAAAUGGAUUAUAUUAAAAUGUCAUAUCAAUUACAAUGAAAUGGUUUAUAAGUAUGCAUCAAACUUAUAAUAUUUACCAUUUAAUGAUAUUUCUUUAUUUAAAAUUUAGACACCUUAUUAUUAAAUCAGACUAAAGUCUGUUUAAAGUGUGAAAAGAAACUAGUAUUAGAUUCUAAGCCUGGAAAUCUGUUCCUGCUACUCCCACCGACCGUUGGCGACUGUGGGACGCUAUUUACACUCGUAAUGCGUUAUCGUGCGUCGCAUAAGUAGCACAGUACGUAUUAUUUUCUACGGAGCUAUUUAUUAGACAGCACAGAAAUUGUUUAACUUCUUAUUAAUAUUAAUUCGUUGUAUCUUUCGAAUUGGCGCGGAGCCUUCGAUACAUCGUAGAGAUAUAUGUCUUGCCAACAUUUUCUAUAAUCAACGCGAUCCUCGUGGACUCUUAAGUAAUAUUUAAAUUAAUUAUAUAGUGUUCAUUGUCGGUUGUUAGAAUCGUUUAGGCCUCGUACGGACCUUGAGCGUUGUUGUUGAUUGUGCAGAAGUCAAAAAUAUAAAGAUUGAUGGAGGGCCCGUCAGACAUACUGUUUACAGGAUUUGCUUAGAUCCUGACGAAACUGUGAGUGAUUAUAUGACAGACGUCCUAUUUGUUGAUUGAGUGAAAUUAGUAGGUUGUGCACGAAAAAAAAAGUGCCGUCAAUAAAUUUCUAGAUCUUGACAGCUGUGCCACCUUUAUUAUACAAAUAAUGAUCACUAAAAAAACACUCAUCAAAUAAACAUUAAAAUUAGGAAUAUAUAGGAUAUUGUGUUGUAUAGGGUAAAACCGGUAUAGAUGCCGCAGUGGGAUAGAUGCCUCAUUUUUAAAAUACUUAACUCCCCAAUAACGCAACUAAUAAUAAAUAGUAUUAGUAGGACCCGCAUUCACCACGCUAUCCCCAUCACAAAGGAUAGUUGAACUGAUUUGUUGCCGUAUAGGUGGCCCUUAGGGGCAUAGGGGUAUUCGCUUUCGAUGAAAUGGACAAAACAAUUGGGGAUAAACGAAUUAUUCCGACAAUUUGGUAUUCCAACGGAAACAUUGCGAUUUUCAGUUAUUAGUGAAAACAACGAUAACGACCUUACUGAAUAAUGUGAUUAAGAAAUGUUGUAAAACUAAACCAGGGCCGAGCAUAAAUUCAAAUUUCAAAUUAAAAUAUUUUUAUUCAAAAUAGGAUGUCACUUAUUGAGUCAAAAACUAAUUAAUACCUAUUCGAAAAAGUAUGCCUCAGACCUGAGAAGACGGGCUUUAGAAACUCAGCAUCACUAAAAAGACAUUAUUUACAGUUUAAAUACCGAUAAAAUAUAAUAAGAUAAAGACAAUCCACAUUACUAUGAAAUUAAAGAAAAGAAAACUAGAGGUUUGCCCGUAAAGAUUACUAAAAGAGGUAGAUAUGAUAAUCCUAAAGAUUUAAAAAAAGAUAAACUGCAUGGAAAGUUUUGAAAACUAUUAAAAUACGGAGUCUUAAUACGAUUGGAUUUAAUUGUGUAAUGUGUCAGAACUGGAUCCAUGAAUCCUUUUUGAGAAACCUGUACACUUCUCCCAAAAAAUAUGGCCGGGUUUUUCUUUUACACAGUAUAAAGGGCAUCUAUCCUUCUUAGUAUUUUCAUGUUGGGCAACAUCCUCAAGGCAUCUAUCCUCAAAAAAGGUUUUCCACAAAAAGCCAAUUUCUACAAAAUCUCGUGCGUUUCAGAAAUUGAUAGGUCAAAAUAAAUUCGUAAUCAACAUAAAUGAUUGAACAAGCUACAUUCAUAAAAUUUAUUCAUUAAAAAAUAAUUUUCUUCAAAUUAGGAGGCUAUUUCAAAAAGUGGGGUAUCUAUCCCGCUUUUACCAGUAGAUAAAGUUACUUCUACAGUCAUUUAUCGCUAAUAUAAAUAUAUUGGUUAUAUGCAUUUUUUAAAUAAAUAAUAAACGUCUAUUAAGUCCAUUCUUAAUAAAAAAAUAUUUUUGUAAUCUGAGGGUAUCCUUCGAGGUAUCCAUUUCUUGUGCAGUAUUUGGGUAUAUCCAAUAAAUCUUUAUUAUAUUAUAUCGAUUUUACUCGUGUAGAAUUUCAUCAAUAAAAAUGUUACAAAAUAUAUAUAAUAUGUAGUAUAUAAUUGCAAUAUUUGCAGGGAUCUCUUAAUAUUAUUGAUAUUUUUUUACAUAAUUAUUAAAUUUGCGUACAAAUCUUACAAGCAUUUCUGCCAGUUGAAAUCAUUUGGCAAUUGUAGCUUAUUUGAGGAAGUUUCAAAUUAAUUUUUGUAACGACAGUAUAGAAUAAAACUCAAAGCCUCAAAAAGGCUUUGAGAUUUGAGAGAAAACCGCAACUUUCUCAGGGAAUUAUAAUAUCAGCACAUUGGGUAAGUGAUUAAUUAUCUCGGUACACGAAUUAUAGCAUUUUGUAGUAAAUAGUGUGUAUCAUUGUCGGGAUGCUGCUUGCAUAGCUUGAGAAUAGCACUUCCUUAUGAUACGGUGAAGUCCCUGAGAUGUCGCUUUAUAUUUGUACAGUCAGCGUCAAAAAGAUAGCGGGAUAUUAGGGGGCAUUGAGAUGGCGCAGAUGGGGCGUGGGUAGAUUAAAAAAUAUAGUCUAAAAAGGCAAAAAAAUACACGAAAAUACUCUAGAAAAAAACAUAUUCUCAAAGUGGCCGGUGAGUAAAAUAAGGUUGAGAAACUAUGUUCUAGAUGAAUCGAUGUAUAUGGUAACGAUGUGUGUUGCCAUGUUUUUGAAUAUAAUGGGUGACGCUAUCUUUUUGACGCUGACUGUACCUCAUCAAAUGUAGUGAGACAUUUAGAUUUUUUUUUUAAUUCAUUCUAAACAUUGCCCGCAUUUCCCUAUAAUAAUUUUUCAAUACGAUAUAAAAUUAUUUAAGCAUAAUCAUUUGUAUGCACAAUUUAAUAUUUGCUAGAUUUAUGAGUUGAAAGAUUUAAAUCAUGUUAUAUUAAUAGAUGAAAAUAUAAGAUUGUUGAAACUGAACGUGUUUAUAUACCUAUUAUAUAGUAAGAUAGCAAUUACUGAUAAUAUUUUCAUUACAAACUAGGGACCUAUAAACCCAUAGUGAUGUCGGUAUAUUGUUACUUCGCUUAAAAUGAAAUGUUAAGUGAAUAAUAGGCUUUAUUUAGAAUAAAUAUUUUACACAGGGUGUGCUUCUUGUGGAUGGAGUUAACGUAUACAGUUAGUUCAAUCUUACAUAUGCGAUAAUCCUUCGUAAUAUCUAGAUAUUGAAUUGAUAGCGAAAAAUACAUACAUUUAUAUUAUGAUUAUAUAUUCUUUCAGUAAUGUGUGAUUAGUUUUAAGAAUAUUAUUUAUGUGAAUAUAAUAUAGUUUAUUGUAUGAGAUAAUUACUUUAGAGCAAAAUUGGUUGUUGAGGCAAUAAAUAUAUGAUAUAUUUUUGUUAUGCGUUCAUAAAUGUUUCCAACAAUAACCUAAUGAUGACACUAGGAGAUCUUACAAAGUAUGAAGAAAAAAACUGCUCAUUACGCCGCCAUUUCCCUCUAGUCGCAUGAUGCAAUAAUCUACGACCUGUUAAUUUUAGUUGCUCUAAAUUGAUGCGUCAGAAAUGCUUCCACGUUUUAUAUGAAUGAAUUGAAUAUUUGUUGAAAAAAUACUGUUUUUAGUAUAAUGAUUAAAUUAAAAUGGCAACUCAAGAACCUACUUAUAUAAACUACUAAUUAUCUUACACUUAUUAAUUAUUUAUUAUUAAAAUUCUGUGAACCAUAUUUAGGUACGUCCUAACAGCAAUGAGUAACAUCUAUCCUUAGAUGACGACCUAUGAAAACAAGCCAGGUUUAUUACUUUAGUGUGCGUGUCAUGCUACGUCUUACACUCGCGAUUUGUAUGUCACUUUGUGUUAGUGUGCUUGCGUUGCUCAAAAUCACUGACCUGUAUAAAUACCUCUAGACAGGCUGUUGCUUAAGUUUGACAGUAAAUUUUUUGUGCCACUCGCGAGCGUCGAGAGAACUAAUUUUGACGUAUUGUACAUAAUAUAUGGCUGCGAAGGAACGUACAAUACUCGAAGUAUUUUGUCAAGAACUUCAAGACUCAACGUAAUAAAGUACACGAUUUUUUAUUUGUAAAUAGUUUCCCAUCAUCUAGGUUGUCAUCACUAGUUUUAGUACAGCAGACUCUCUACAUGGCCAAUAGCGCCAAAAUGGCAAAUAUCAAACAGGCACAAAAGCACUGACAGCCGCUAGUCCAGUGGUAUAUACUAGAGGUCAGUGCUCAAAAUAGAGUUUUUUGACCGCUGUCACA